AUGCUGGGGGACCCCCGGCCCGUGCAGCUCCCCGCUGCCAGGGGCACUCUGAGCACCCAGCCCCCCCCCCCCCCCCCCCCCCCCCCCCCCCCCCCCCCCCCCCCCCCCCCCCCCCCCCCCCCCCCCCCCCCCCCCCCCCCCCCCCCCCCCCCCCCCCCCCCCCCCCCCCCCCCCCCCCCCCCCCCCCCCCCCCCCCCCCCCCCCCCCCCCCCCCCCCCCCCCCCCCCCCCCCCCCCCCCCCCCCCCCCCCCCCCCCCCCCCCCCCCCCCCCCCCCCCCCCCCCCCCCCCCCCCCCCCCCCCCCCCCCCCCCCCCCCCCCCCCCCCCCCCCCCCCCCCCCCCCCCCCCCCCCCCCCCCCCCCCCCCCCCCCCCCCCCCCCCCCCCCCCCCCCCCCCCCCCCCCCCCCCCCCCCCCCCCCCCCCCCCCCCCCCCCCCCCCCCCCCCCCCCCCCCCCCCCCCCCCCCCCCCCCCCCCCCCCCCCCCCCCCCCCCCCCCCCCCCCCCCCCCCCCCCCCCCCCCCCCCCCCCCCCCCCCCCCCCCCCCCCCCCCCCCCCCCCCCCCCCCCCCCCCCCCCCCCCCCCCCCCCCCCCCCCCCCCCCCCCCCCCCCCCCCCCCCCCCCCCCCCCCCCCCCCCCCCCCCCCCCCCCCCCCCCCCCCCCCCCCCCCCCCCCCCCCCCCCCCCCCCCCCCCCCCCCCCCCCCCCCCCCCCCCCCCCCCCCCCCCCCCCCCCCCCCCCCCCCCCCCCCCCCCCCCCCCCCCCCCCCCCCCCCCCCCCCCCCCCCCCCCCCCCCCCCCCCCCCCCCCCCCCCCCCCCCCCCCCCCCCCCCCCCCCCCCCCCCCCCCCCCCCCCCCCCCCCCCCCCCCCCCCCCCCCCCCCCCCCCCCCCCCCCCCCCCCCCCCCCCCCCCCCCCCCCCCCCCCCCCCCCCCCCCCCCCCCCCCCCCCCCCCCCCCCCCCCCCCCCCCCCCCCCCCCCCCCCCCCCCCCCCCCCCCCCCCCCCCCCCCCCCCCCCCCCCCCCCCCCCCCCCCCCCCCCCCCCCCCCCCCCCCCCCCCCCCCCCCCCCCCCCCCCCCCCCCCCCCCCCCCCCCCCCCCCCCCCCCCCCCCCCCCCCCCCCCCCCCCCCCCCCCCCCCCCCCCCCCCCCCCCCCCCCCCCCCCCCCCCCCCCCCCCCCCCCCCCCCCCCCCCCCCCCCCCCCCCCCCCCCCCCCCCCCCCCCCCCCCCCCCCCCCCCCCCCCCCCCCCCCCCCCCCCCCCCCCCCCCCCCCCCCCCCCCCCCCCCCCCCCCCCCCCCCCCCCCCCCCCCCCCCCCCCCCCCCCCCCCCCCCCCCCCCCCCCCCCCCCCCCCCCCCCCCCCCCCCCCCCCCCCCCCCCCCCCCCCCCCCCCCCCCCCCCCCCCCCCCCCCCCCCCCCCCCCCCCCCCCCCCCCCCCCCCCCCCCCCCCCCCCCCCCCCCCCCCCCCCCCCCCCCCCCCCCCCCCCCCCCCCCCCCCCCCCCCCCCCCCCCCCCCCCCCCCCCCCCCCCCCCCCCCCCCCCCCCCCCCCCCCCCCCCCCCCCCCC